AUGUCGGAAUUUCUGUCUGUAGUGGAUGGUGACAGUGGAGUUCAGGUGGUUGAUGGAUGCAGUGGAGUGAAUGUGGUCGAGCACAGCGGCGACAGCGGUGUCCAUGUAGUGGAUGGCGACGGCGGUGUCCAUGUGGUGGAACAUAGCGAUUACCCCGACCAUGGUGGUGUACACGUAGUGGAUGGUGACUACCCUGGCCCUGGAGGGGUACACGUCGUGGGUGGAGAGGAACUCCAUAUUGUCCCUGAUAGUGGCUUCGCUGGACCCGGUGGUGGUGGGGUGUCUGUUGUUGGGGACAGCUAUGAUUAUGGCAGUGGAGUUCAUGUUGUAGAUGGUGAGGUAGCGGCAAGGGAAGGGGAAGUGGACGUUGUGGAAUAA